AUGUCCAAACCGCUCUCUGACCACGACCGGAAGAAACAGAUUUCAGUGCGAGGUCUGGCUGGCGUGGAAAAUGUUACAGAACUCAAAACAAACUUCAACAGGCACCUCCACUUCACCCUGGUCAAGGACAGAAAUGUGGCCACAAAGAGGGAUUAUUACUUUGCCCUGGCCCACACGGUCAGGGACCACUUGGUUGGGAGAUGGAUCCGCACUCAGCAGCACUACUAUGAAAAAGACCCCAAACGAGUGUACUACAUCUCUCUCGAGUUUUAUAUGGGGCGUACGCUGCAGAAUACUAUGGUCAACCUGGCUCUGGAGAACGCCUGUGACGAGGCCACCUACCAGCUGGGUCUGGACAUGGAGGAGCUGGAGGAUAUGGAGGAGGACGCAGGUUUGGGGAAUGGUGGCCUGGGACGUCUAGCAGCUUGUUUUCUGGACUCCAUGGCCUCCCUGGGCCUGGCUGCUUACGGUUACGGUAUCCGAUAUGAGUUUGGCAUCUUCAAUCAGAAAAUUGUCAAUGGAUGGCAGGUUGAGGAGGCUGAUGAUUGGCUGAGGUACGGUAACCCCUGGGAGAAGGCCCGCCCCGAGUACAUGCGCCCUGUGCACUUCUACGGCAGAACUGAGCACCACCCAGACGGAGCCAAAUGGGUCGACACUCAGGUGGUUUUGGCGCUGCCCUAUGACACACCAGUCCCUGGAUAUCGCAACAACAUCGUCAACACUAUGAGAUUGUGGUCUGCCAAGGCUCCCUGCGAUUUCAACCUUAAAGACUUCAAUGUGGGUGGCUACAUUCAGGCCGUGUUGGACAGGAACCUGGCUGAGAACAUCUCCCGUGUGCUUUAUCCAAAUGACAAUUUCUUUGAGGGGAAGGAGCUCCGUCUCAAGCAGGAGUACUUUGUGGUUUCCGCUACCCUCCAAGACAUUAUUCGCCGCUUCAAGGUCUCCAAGUUCGGCUCGAGGGAAAUUGUUCGCACCGACUUCAGCAAACUGCCAGACAAGGUUGCCAUCCAGCUCAAUGACACGCACCCAGCGAUGGCUAUUCCAGAGCUAAUGAGAGUCUUAGUGGAUGAGGAGAAGCUGGCCUGGGACCAGGCCUGGGACAUCACUGUUCGCACCUGCGCAUACACCAACCACACGGUUCUCCCGGAGGCCCUGGAGCGGUGGCCCGUGGAGCUGUUCUCUCAUCUGCUGCCGCGUCACCUCGAGAUAGUGUAUGAGAUCAACCGGCGCCAUCUGGAGAGAGUUGCUGCACAUUUUCCUGGAGACGCAGACCGUCUGCGGCGCAUGUCACUCAUCGAGGAGGGCGCGCAGAAGAAGAUCAACAUGGCGCAUCUGUGCAUCGUGGGCGCGCAUGCCGUCAACGGAGUGGCCCAGAUUCACUCCGACAUCCUCAAAGCCACUGUUUUUAAGGACUUUUAUGAAAUGGAGCCACACAAGUUCCAGAAUAAGACUAAUGGCAUCACACCUCGACGCUGGCUGGUCAUGUGCAACCCUGGACUGGCUGAGGUCAUUGCAGAGAGAAUUGGAGAGGAAUUUAUCCGUGACCUUGACAAGCUGAAAGAACUCCGUAAAUUUGUGGACGAUGAAGCUUUCAUCCGGGACGUAGCUAAAGUCAAGCAGGAGAACAAGUUGAAGUUUGCGGUACAUUUGGAAGAGCACUACAAGGUGAAAAUCAACCCCAACUCCAUGUUUGACGUCCAGGUGAAGAGGAUCCAUGAGUACAAACGCCAGCUCCUCAACUGUCUGCACAUCAUCACCUACUACAACCGCAUCAAGAAGGAACCCAACAAGCAGUGGACUCCAAGGACAGUUAUGAUUGGAGGAAAGGCUGCUCCUGGAUACCACACGGCCAAAAUGAUCAUCCGCCUGAUUACAGCCAUUGGUGAAAUAGUCAACAAUGACCCAGUGGUAGGAGACCGCCUCAAAGUCAUCUUCCUGGAGAACUACAAAGUUACUCUUGCAGAGAGGGCCAUCCCUGCAUCAGACCUGUCAGAGCAGAUCUCCACAGCGGGCACGGAAGCCUCAGGCACCGGAAACAUGAAGUUCAUGCUGAACGGUGCCCUGACCAUCGGCACCAUGGACGGAGCCAACGUGGAGAUGGCGGAGGAGGCGGGAGAGAGCAACCUGUUUAUCUUCGGCAUGCGGGUGGACGAUGUGGAUGCCAUGGAUAAGAAGGGAUACCGUGCAGAUGAGUACUACAACCGCCUGCCUGAGCUGAAGCAGGCCAUUGACCAGAUCGCUGGAGGCUUCUUCAGCCCAAAGCAGCCGGACCUGUUUAAGGAGAUAGUAAACAUGCUGAUGCACCACGACAGGUUUAAAGUGUUUGCUGACUAUGAAGACUACAUCAAAUGCCAGGAAAAGGUCAACGCUCUCUACAAGAGCGUCGACUCCCUCUGUCACGGCAGCAACUAA